UCUAGCCAUAAACCGCGAAACCACCAGCUAGCCCUUAGCUUUUUACUGUUUGGGACCUUGCGAGUCUUGCACUCCCUGUACACAUUACAUUAACCCGCCACAUUCAAACUGGAAGAGAUCCUUUACCUCCAGGAUGUGCUCCGUCCUCGGAUGUGAUUCAUGGCGUCGUGGUGCCAGACGGUUUAAGAUACCGGAGGAUCCGGAGAGGAGGCUGCAGUGGGUUCAGUUCAUCCUGGAAGCCAAUGAACAGCGACUUAAGGAAUCGUGCUGGACUAAAAUCACCAUUUGCAAUGAACACUUUAAUGGAGACUGUUUUGAACCCCUGCCUGGCACGGCCCAGCUCAGGUCCAGUGCCGUCCCAUCAGUGUGUGCCAAGCAUGGUGUCAAGUCAGAACCAGAGGUACUUCUGGGGAGCCCACAAUAUGUGAAGCCUGAAGAACUAAGAACAUGUGAUCGUCCAUCUUACUAUCCUGAAGAAUCAGAACUAACUUCAAGGGAUGACCAAGAAAACCCAGCACCAAGUUAUGCUUCAGAGAUAUCUGAUUAUGGGCAAAUGCUACACAACAUUGUGAACAUUGAUAUGAUUAGGAAAAAAGCUGCACUUCUGCAGAUGAAAGGGAGGUACGUUGUGAAUGAAAAAUGUCUCCUCCAGUUGUUCAGCCACAAGUGCCCGUCAUGUGGCUCUAAAGUAAAGACAGAGAAGGUCAUCUAUGGGGUGCUCAUCGUUGUGAACCAAGAGUGCCUUCAGUGUGAGUACAGGAACCAGUGGAAAAGCCAAGUCAAUGCCAGUGUCCCCACAGCUGAAGUAGAUGCAACUUCAGAGACCCAACAGAGCACUGAGGAGAGUGAUCCCAUGGAGGAAUCAGAGGAGUCAGAUGAUGAAAGUGACUCAGACCAGGAUUGGGUUCCAGAGGAGGAACUUUUACUGCUGAACGAGCUUCAUGGAGAAUCUGAAGGGGAAACCGAAUCUGAAGAGGAAAUGGACGGGGUUUGUCCUCCACUUGCCCUCAAACACAGUCAGCUCUGCACCGAGUGUGGCACGUUUUUUAAUAAACAGAAGUCUCACACAUGUAAACACAAAACAAGACCCUAUGCUUGCAAUACUUGUGGCAGGAGAUGUGUUAGUGAGGUCGCACUAAACGCUCACAACCGAAUCCACGAUGAAAACUAUGAACAUCCAUGCAAAUACUGCAAUGUUACAUUCAAAACAAAAGUGGACAAAAUCACUCACGAGCAGAUCCACAUAACUGAACGAAAACCCUACAAAUGUCCUGACUGUUCAGAGACAUUUACCACAAAUAACGCACGCAGAUCCCACCUGAGAGUUCACCGCGUUUUAAAAUGUCACAUCUGCAAUCUUGACUUUGCCGAGUCCAAUGCUCUUCAGAGGCACUUAGCUGUGCACACAGGAGUGAAGCGCUAUAAGUGUUCAGUGUGCCAACGUGACUUCAGCCAGGCAAGCCACCUGCAAUCCCAUAUGCGUCUUCACACAGGGGAGAGGCCUUUUAAAUGCCAGCAUUGUGAGCAAAGUUUUAAUCACAAUGUGAGCCUGAAGAGUCAUGUCCAGCGUUACCACUCAUCCAGCUCAGGACCUAAACCGAAGAAGGGUAAAAGAAUAAAAACUGUAAGCAACCCUGGUGAUGGUCAGAAGUAUGGAAACAAGAGAGACACCGUCUCUGGGUUAGACAACAAUAUGGAAGAACAUGAUGAUGAAGAAGAGGAGGUGCAGAAGAGGAGAACAGUUAAGCCAAAACGUAAAAAGAAGAGCACAGGUAGACCCGUAGGAAGGCCAAAGAGAAAUGAAGCAGGGACUAAUGCAAGGCCAGCGAAGAGAAGGCGCUGCAGUGAAAAAGAAAGUGAAGAUGAGCCAACAGAAAGCAACACGUCCUUUGACUCAACAAAGACUGAUUGUUGAGUCCAAACAUUGACUCUGAUUUUGAAAAAAAUGGCACAGCAGCCAGAACAAUAACAUAUUAGUGAAGCAAAGGGGAGACCAGGAAAUGAUUGAAGUGAAGAAACCUAACAUUACAAAAAAAGGUUAUUGAGUUGAGUAUUCCUUAUGGCAAAAUCUGUUUAGGGUGCCAUACAAAAGUGUGCUGUUUAAUGUUGUAUAUUUGAACCAAUCUUGAGCACAAUUUCUCUUUUCAAACUUCAUUGUUUUUAAAUGUUAAGACUCAAUGACUUUAAUGCAACACACAUACAUGAAUCCUGUUCACUGUUGUGUAUAGAGACUGAGUACAAAUUAAACUGCUUAUGCACAGUG